UGUGAUGAAUGCUGUAGCCACUCCCAGCUCAAGCAACCAUGGCAGUGGAGUGGAAAGAAGAGGCCCUGUCAGUCACCUUCAACAACAUCGCAUACACCAGCAACUACACACCAUACAAACCAGGUGGCCUCACAAAGUGGCCACUCAGACACAAUGGGGAGUACCUGAAGCUCAGCAGAGGCACAGGACUCCCCAACCAAGCCUACUUCCACAGACAACUCUACAAUGACCAGGUCCAACAAAUCAGACCUGGUUGUGUGGUCCAACACAAAGACCACAGCAAGACAAACAACAACCUCAGCAACCUGCAAAUGGUGCUAGAACCACACACAGCACAAUGCACCACUCUGGGAGGGCCAAAAGAAGAAGAAGGAUGUGAGCGACGUAUUGGCAGCUUUCCAGAACUUCGACAAGGCAACGGUAGCAUCAGCAAGGCCGAGCUCACUGAAGUCCUGAAGGUCGUGAGUGCUGGGUGUAGUUAAAAGACCUGGGUCAUCGUGCAACUUCGCGGGUGACUUUCCAAAGCUGUAUAUCAUGGGCCUCCAAUGGAUAGGACAAAUGCGGGAGCGCAUGCAAGACUUGAUGUCAGAAUCGUUGUCAGAGGAGUUGGACCCCGCUGGAACGAAGAGAGCCUGAGGCACUUACAGCACGGCGGAAAAGGAGCAGAUGAUUGAUGAAGUCAUGGCGGAACUUGAGGGCUGACAGCCAGGGCUGACAGCUUCGGCGUCUCGACUCGACAUCUCUCCAUGCCAUGAGCACCCCGAGGGUUUUCGCGUGCGAACUCCCUCCGGAGAUGAGAUCAUUCAUGAGGGUUUUCGCUGACUCUGUUUGAGUGACAGCCGGCGUCCGUGCUCAUCACUUAUGCGUGAAUUCAAGAAGAUGGCCUUUGAGCAGCUAUGCUGACAUUCCUGAUUGUGAUGGCAGAUCAUUUGUACAGUGUAGUUCCCUUUCAUCAGUUUGAUGCCUUGAUUCUAGCUGCCUGCCAUCAUCGUGAAAUGUCUCAAUAUGAGCUGGGUGACUGAAGUCG